UGCAUGCCACCAUAGCAAUCCUAAUCUAACAUGCAAAAUAAAAGAUAUACAUAUACAUGGCCGCAGUCCAGUGUUGUUUUCAGUAAUACCGCAUAUUACACGAUUUGGUAUUUGAUAAUGUCACGUGGUAUAAAAUUACCCCCCUUAAAUGACAGCUCGCGCCAACUUCAAUUUGAUUAAUGAACCGGGGUCGAUAGAGAGUUUGGCUAGGAUUAAUGAACGGAGUAAUUACGGAUUAGUUACCUACUCAGAAUUGAUGAAGAAGAGGUUGAAAGAAUGGCGAAUCGGAACAAUGUCAGCUACAUUCGGUGCAAUGCCCGGGAGACUUCUCGAUGGAGAGAUAUUUCAAGCGAACUCUGGCGGAUCAAGUGUUUUCAAUCAAGAUUCAAGGCCACCACCAUAUGCAGUCUUUUCUCCCCUUGAAUAAAGUGUCGGCUCACAUUCUUAACCGCGGAUUGCCUUCAUAUUCGGCGUCGGAUACGAGCUCCAUCAUAGUAAUAAUAAAAAUGAUGUGGGGGAAUUCGAAGGACCCCGGAAUUUGAGACAUUGGUAGUACAUGUGCAUACAUACAUACGCUAAUAAUAAGAUAACUAGUUACUCCUGGAAAGUGUUUUUCCUAUGUUGUUCGUACCUAUCAUGAAUUGAGCAACAACACCGGAAACUAAGUAAAUAGAUAAGAUAACUACAUUAUUGCAGUUCACAUCACAACAACAGAGAGAGGUGGAGCUUCCUUCUGGCCUAUUCGAAAAAAGGGGAGGGGACAAGGCCGAGACUGUGCAAGCGGGACAGACCUAUAUAGUAAUAAUCAUAACAAUAAGAGGGAGUUAAGGUUACAAUACGCCUGUAACUAACGACAAUACCGCCGGCGGUGGAGUGGAAAGCUGGCCUCAAGGAAAAACGGCGCCUUACUAAUCAAGCGGCCCUCGCCCUCGCCGCCGCCAGGAGAAGGUUGGAACCAAGGGAAUUCGCAGCAAGGGGGGCAGCAGCGGACAACAGGCGAACUCACAACGCUCACCAUCCUCCCGAUCUGUUCUCUCCUCCUCCAGCUGUCACUCCUUUACACUUCCAUUGCCUGUUUCCCAAACCAUGCUGGUGCCUCAGCCUGGCAUCUCGCUCUUUUGAUUCCAUGGUCUCUAUUCGCUUUGACUUCCUCUCCCUGAACUAUAUAUCCCAACCAAUGAUGACGCCAAUUUGAUAACCUUCAUAACCUGCUACGCGCUGUGGAAGCUUGGUCGACCUUGCGCUUUUUUAACAUAUCCCCCCCAUAUCCUGCUCUCAUCAAAUUUCGAGAUAUCACCGCUUUAAACACUUCCUCCAGACUCGAUUCUAAAGAAAAAUCACCGUCUUACCUGCUUGAACCCCCUACUUCGUCGAUCAACUUUCAAACAUCCACACGCCCCGGCUUGCCGGCCCUAUCGCAACACAGCCACGUCCGGAAAGCAAAACACCCAGAUCCGUUUAAACACUACAGGAAUCCUUUCCGUCAAUCAAACCCAGUCUCUCAUCUGCUCACGCGCUAACAGACCUGCUUCUGUCAACGCCUCAGAAGCCGUUUUGAGGAACCAGCUUAUAGUUCCUUUUCUUGUCUAAAUCUGGGGUUUUGACCCCGCUUGUCCCGUCUAAAGUUUCAAUCUUCUUGUUCUAUUUAUAAAAGAGCUCACUCAAACAAAACCGAAAAUGAAUCCCUUCUUAAACUGGGCCAUUGUGCUCGUCAUCAGUGGCGGCCUCUUUUGGUAUUAUAAACUCAGAUCCUGCCCCAGAGUCAGAGCUACACCACUGAAAGCUCUCGUGGAGAAACACGAAAAUGGAUAUCUCUCCAAAAAGGCAAAGCGGAAAGCAAAACGAUCCCCAGACAACGCCAGCAGCAGCGGCUCUCGUACUCCGCCUCCCAAACCCAUCGUUCAUUCUCCUGCAAAACAGGAGGUGGUUUCCUCCGGAGUACAUAAGGCCGAGGCUGGUGAUGAGGGGAUGAACAUCCAGGAGUUUGCCAAACGGCUUUCCAAGGCGAAAGAGGGCACCAAGCUCUCAUCUGCGGAUAGCAAACCUAAUAAGCAUCAAGUCCGCACUAAGAAAAUUGUUAGCAGUGCCGUUGAGCCUGCCAAGAAGGAUAUAGCAGCCAGUAAAGAUACUUCAGCCGAGAAGGAUGUCACAGUUGAGAAGGACGUCACUAUUGAGAAGGAUACCACAGUUGACAAGGAUGCCACAGCUGAGAAGGGUACCACCUCUAACGGAGAUACCACAGCCGAGAAGGAUGCCACGGAGUCGUCUACUUGCACUUCAUCGACCACUGGGGGGGAUGCGGACGAUGACAUGUCCUCCGUAAACUCACCUGUUGUCAAUCCAACUGUACCCACGGUAGGUAGCGUCUCCGAUAUGCUGCCGCCUCCCCCAGCAACUAUACCCGUCCUUCGCCUGGUUGACGUGUCUCAGGAGGCUGAACAGUCAGCGAAGAAAAAUCAAAAGUCGGAAAAGGUCACAGAGACAAAGAAACAGCGCCAACGAAGGAUUAAGAAUGAAAAUAGAAAGAAGAUGGUAGAAGAUGCGGAGAGGGAGCGCCGUAUUCAACUUGAGAAACAACUCCACACUGCCCGUGAACAUGAACGUCGCGAGGCUGCCAAAUCUAAACCCCCUCCAGCUGCCAAUGCCUGGAAAACAGAAACCAGCAGCAACAAACCAAAUGGUCUGCCGCAAUCUACAAAUGAACCACCACCCACAUCUUUUCUAGACACGUUUGAGCCAGCCGCUGAGCCAGCAGCCAACCCUCUCCCAACAUCCGAAACCACAAAACCGUCCUCUUAUUUAGAGAGUUGGGCCAACAACUUGCCGUCCGAGGAAGAGCAGAUGCGCAUCAUAAUGAGUGAAAGCGAGUGGACGACAGUCUGUAACCGCAAAAAGGAGCGAAGAAACGGCUCCAAGCACACCGGAAGCGUUAGUGCCAGUGAAACAAGCAGCUCUGACUUUCAAGCCGUAAAGGCGCCGAGACCGUCGAUAAACCAACCUCCACCUCCACCAAAAACAAAAACACCAACAAGUGAAGCAGCAAAAGCUACACCCACUGUUCCGUUCCCUCCAAAACAAGAGACUUCUAACAGCAAAGGUCAUCCCUUGGACUCUGACUGGGAGCCUUGAUAAAAACUCCGCCACCAAACUCAUAAACCAAAACGAAACAGGUAACCUACAAUCCAAAUGACAACGAAGUCAAUACAUACAUCGAUACACAUAAAUAUCCAUUUUUCUCAAUCUAUAUUAUAUGAGCGCUUGAGUCAUCACCACUUCUCAUUUCCGUUUUCAGUUUCCAUCUUCUUUCUGUACUUUCAGGUGUUUUGAUACUGAUUCCCCUAUUUUUCCAGUAGUUACAUGGCGUUUGGGUCAGAGUGUUUUAUUGUAAACAAUUAUUAUAUUCAUUCUUGUCUUCUUUUGUUCUAUUGUUCUUCUACUACUUCUGCUGCUGAGUCAGAUUUGUGAUCAUUUCUUUUUGUACUGUAUAAUUUUUUGCAUCAUUUGACUUGCUUAACUCUUAACAAUGUUUUUUUUCUCUUGUUACAUUUAUGUCAUAUUAUCAUGCAAUGUUUUAU